UUAAGUGCUCAUGCUCAGCUGCCUGUCUCAUUAUAGAGAAGAGACACCUCACACCAACAGAGGCGUGGAACUGUUGACAAAAAGACAGCUGCACUGAAAACUGGACUUAGAUACAAGGACAUCAUGGUUGACCAUCUAGCAUUUUCUCAGGAGAACCGAGAGCGGAUCCACACUGUUGAGAACUCAUUUGGUCCAUCAGGGAAGACCCUGUUCCAGCCAGGCAGGGUUCUGAUCGGAGAGGGUCGGCUGAUGAAGCAGAGCCGCCGGGGUCCACAGCCUAAAGCCUUCUUCCUCUUUAACGAUGUGCUGGUGUAUGGAAGCAUCAUACUCAGCGGCCGUUGGCACAAAAAACAGAAGAUCAUCCGUCUGGAGGACAUCCAGCUGGAGGACCUGGAGGACAGUGUGAGAAUGAGGUACCAAUGGUUGAUCCGGACACCGCGCAAGUCCUUCUAUGUGGCAGCCUCCUCAUACGAAGAGAAGAGAGCUUGGAUUGAACACAUUGAGGACUGCCGGACCAAACUGCUGCAAAAUAACAACCUCAAGCCGGGAUCCACCUUUGCUGUUACCUGGAUCCCAGACGAGGCCUCUGCCAUCUGCAUGCGCUGCUCCAACAAGUUCUCCGUGACCCAGCGUCGACACCACUGCAGAAAAUGUGGCUUUGUGGUCUGCGGUGCGUGUUCCAAGAAGCGAGCGAUGAUCAGACACAUUCACCCAACUAAGUGGCUGAGGGUCUGCAACGUAUGUCAUCCGAAUCUUUCGGGGGCUGAGACAGAGCCUCAAGAUAUAUCUCGUGUGAGGGGAGACAGCACUGGGAAGAUAAACUCAGAUGAAGAUGAAGUGGAUGAGGGGUCCUUUGAAGAAGAAGGGGCAGAGGAGCAGAUGGAGGACCAUGAUCCCAGCAGAUGGAUGGACUCCUGGUCCCCUUAUGUUUACAUCAAACCAGAGCACAUGAUGCCUCAAACAUGAGCAGUUACAUAGAAAUAACCUUUGUUGGAGCCUUUCUGUGGUGUGGAAUAGGGCUGUCACAAUUUUCACUAGACCAUUAUGGUCACUAAAAGAAUUGACGCUAAUAAUAUAAGUUAAAUUCAUCUUUAACUUUUUAUUGUAUAUUUUGUCUCUUUUUUGUGAGAUGAGUUACAAUCAGAACAAGUGCAGAGGACAGAGUCUGUAAGCAUAAAUGUUCAAAAGAGAAGAAAAAGAUCAAUUACUGAGUGUGAAUAGAAAGAAACACAAAUGAUACACUGCAUUUAUUACACCAUAUUAUCAUAUGUGUAUGAGUAUUUGUAUAUCAUUGUUAUCGUCAGCAGUCCUGAUUACGACACAAUGCUGAUCCAGCUUUGGCAGAAGAACCAAGUAAAAUGUAUGAAGUAAAACACUUGUGUAUAUACUUAUAUUUAUUGAUGUGAACUGUUAUUGAUGAUUUUUUUUUUCACAUCAUGCUGUUUGUGUAAAUACUGUCGCUGUGAAGAAUUGAAUUAAGGAAGCUGUUGUUGUAUUUGUUGUCAGAAGAUUUAGACACUUCAGCCUCAGUCUCGCUUACCAGAUCUUUAAGCAGAAAUAAACUGUUUACAGCCUGGUACAAAAAAACA